CAGAGGCGAGGAGCUGUCCGCCUUGCACGUUUCCAAUCGCAUUACGUGAACAAAUAGCGGAGGGGCUGCCGGGCCAGAACUGCUUGUGUAACUUUGCAAACGUGCCAGAAAGUUUAAAAUCUCUCCUCCUUCCUUCACUCCAGACGCUGCCCGCUCGCCGGGGCCGCCGCGCCGCUCCCCGUCGCCUUCCAGAAGGACUGGGAAAGAGGAGACAGGCGGGUGCCACGUCCCAGCAGCCGCCUCUACAGGACAAGGGUCUGCAGCCCACCCUUGGCCCUGCUUGUAGUGACUGAGUUACCCGCGCUCCGCCCGCCUCCCUGGUUGAAGAUUUCUCCCUCCUUCACGUGAUCUGGGCCCCGUUUUUCUUUUCUCCGACCUAGUCCUCCCGGAGUGGGGACAAUCAGGCAAAGGGAGCGAUGCGCUUCGCCUGGACCGCGCUCCUGCUCGGGCCCCUGCAGCUCUGCGCGCUCCUGCGCUGCGCCCCGCCGGCCGCCGGCCAGCAGCAGCCCCCUCGCCAGCAGCCGCCGGCUCCGGCCGCCUGGCGCCAGAGGAUCCAAUGGGAGAACAACGGGCAGGUGUUCAGCCUGCUGAGCCUGGGCUCGCAGUACCAGCCGCAGCGCCGACGGGACCCGGGCACCACCGCCCCGGGCGCUGCCAACGCCGCAGCCCCGCAGCCGCGCACGCCGAUCCUGCUGCUCCGCAACCGCACGGCGGCAGCACGCGAGCGCACUGCAGGCAUGUCGGGGGUCGCCGGCCGACCCAGACCCGCCGCCCGCCAUUGGUUCCAAGCUGGCUACUCGUCGUCCGGGGCCCGCGACGCUGGGGACUCGCGCGACGGCAACCGGACGGCUCCCGGAGAGCGCCCGACGCUCAGUAACCUGCAGCCGCCCAGCCGCGUAGACGGCAUGGUGGGCGACGACCCGUACAACCCCUACAAGUACUCCGACGACAACCCCUAUUACAACUACUACGACACGUACGAAAGGCCCCGGCCCGGGAGCAGGUACCGGCCCGGAUACGGCACCGGCUAUUUCCAGUACGGUCUCCCGGACCUGGUGCCAGACCCGUACUACAUCCAGGCGUCCACGUACGUGCAAAAGAUGGCCAUGUACAACCUGAGAUGCGCUGCGGAGGAAAACUGCUUGGCCAGCACAGCAUACAGAGCAGAUGUCAGAGAUUAUGAUCACAGGGUGCUGCUAAGAUUCCCCCAAAGAGUGAAAAACCAAGGGACAUCAGAUUUCUUACCAAGCCGACCGAGAUAUUCCUGGGAAUGGCACAGUUGUCACCAACAUUACCACAGCAUGGAUGAAUUCAGCCACUAUGACCUACUUGAUGCUGGUACCCAGAGGAGAGUGGCUGAAGGCCACAAAGCCAGUUUCUGUCUUGAGGACACAUCCUGUGACUAUGGCUACCACAGGCGAUUUGCAUGUACUGCGCAUACACAGGGGUUGAGUCCUGGCUGUUAUGAUACCUAUAAUGCAGACAUAGACUGCCAGUGGAUUGACAUUACGGAUGUAAAACCUGGAAACUACAUUCUAAAGGUCAGUGUGAACCCCAGCUACCUGGUGCCUGAAUCGGACUAUUCCAACAACGUUGUGCGCUGUGAAAUCCGCUACACGGGACACCAUGCCUAUGCCUCGGGCUGCACGAUUUCGCCGUAUUAGAAAGCAAGCCAAAACUCCUAAUGGAUAAAUCAGUGCCUGGUGUUCUGAAGUGGGAAAAAAUAGAUUAACUUCAGUAGGAUUUAUAGAUUUUGAAAGAGAGAACAGAAAGCAACAAAGGAAUUUUUGUUUGGACUGUUUUAUAACAAAGCACAUAACUGGAUUUUGAACAUUUAAAUUGGCAUUACUUGGGAAAUUUUUAAUAUUAUUCAUAUUACUUUGUGAAUGAACACAGUGUUUCCAUUCUGUAGAUGUACACUUUGGCUCUUUGAAGGAAAUCCAAAUUUGUUAUGCUCCUUUGGAAAUUAUAGUGUAAAAGGGAAAAUAACAUUUUAGUGAAUGAACCAAAAUUACUAUUAACUGA